CGUCACCCGCGGGGGCGGGAGCGCGGUGCCGGUGCGCCGAGCGGAGCCGAGCGCAGCCGAACCGACCCGAGCGCAGCCGAACCGACCCGAGCGCAGCCGAACCCAGCCGAGCCGUGCCGGAGCUGGGCUGCUCCGGAGGGGAACAGAGACCUGCUGAGGAAUAACGGCAGUGCAGAGAACUCCUUUGACAAGCUUGAAUGGCACUUGGCUACGCCAGGGAAAGGCACGCAAGGGGAAGGUGUUGGAACUGCAGACGUGGAACCUUUCUGCACUGAAUGCAGCCGAUGAUAAAGUGAGUUUUGGUCUGCAAAAUAUUUUCUGCCCUCGAGCUUUCUGUCUGCUGAUGGGGAAGAAGGGGUCUGCCCGUACCGAAAAGGGAGGGAUGAGAAGGGCAAAGCUUUGCUGACUGUUGGGGACCCUUGCCAGAGCCUGGAUGCGCUUCGCUGGAGGGGAAAACACUGUCAAAACUUGUGGGCAGGGAGGAUUUGGGGCGGCGGAGGGGCCCUGGGGCUGCUCUGGGCUCUGCCCUGCCGUGAGGGCAGCAGCCAGCUCCCCUGGCACCGAGACACCAGGAACGCAGGUCCAGGCAUCCGGUUGUGCCACUGCCCUGCGCUUCGGCAUCAUUUGGGGGAUAUCAGAGAAGAGAAACAAGAAAUUGGAUGAAAAAUAUAGCAGCACUGAUCCUUAAGUCUCAAGAAAAAUAACCUUUCUGUUUUGCUAGACAUCUCUGGGCUGCGUUUAUCCACACUGCUUGGAAAGUCUCUUCUACCCCUUGGUUUGUCACACAGUUUAAAACAUUUUAUUCACAUGUGUGUGCUUGUAUCUAUUUUCACUGCAUUUGAGCGUCAUCUUGAAGCCAUGGGCAUCUCCAAGUAAUAAUGAAGCACGUGAUUUCCAACCUCGCAUAUGAUCUGGAAGCCCUUGGACUCUCUCUACUUUUCAAGUGACAAAGAGAAAAAGCUGAUAGAGGACAGAGCCCGCGAUGGCAGAGAAGUGCGACUGCAUCGCCAGCAUGUAUGGGUACGACCUGGGCUGUCGCUUCAUUAAUUUUCGCCCCUUGGGCUUUGGGGCCAAUGGGUUGGUGCUGUCAGCCCUCGACAGCAAGAGCUGCCGCAAAGUGGCAGUGAAGAAGAUCACCAUCAGCGAUGCAAGGAGCAUGAAGCACGCUUUCCGGGAGAUCAAAAUCAUCCGCCGUCUGAACCACGAUAACAUUGUGAAGGUGUACGAGGUGUUGGGGCCAAAGGGGACCAACCUGCAUGGGGAUUUUUUCAAGUUUAACAUGGUUUACAUCGUCCAGGAGUACAUGGAGACAGACCUGGCGCGGCUGCUGGAGCAGGGGAAGCUCGCUGAGGAGCACGCCAAGCUCUUCAUGUACCAGCUGCUGCGGGGGCUGAAGUACAUCCACUCAGCUAACGUCCUCCACCGUGACCUCAAGCCAGCCAAUAUUUUCAUCAGCACGGAGGACCUGGUCCUGAAGAUUGGUGACUUUGGGCUGGCCAGAAUCGUGGAUCAGCAUUACUCACACAAGGGUUACCUUUCUGAAGGCUUGGUAACGAAGUGGUAUCGCUCCCCUCGCCUCCUCCUCUCGCCAAACAACUACACCAAAGCCAUCGACAUGUGGGCAGCUGGCUGCAUCCUGGCAGAGAUGCUGACGGGAAGGAUGCUCUUUGCUGGGGGUCAUGAGCUGGAACAGAUGCAGCUUAUCCUGGAGACGAUCCCUGUUAUCCAUGAAGAAGACAAAGAAGAGCUGCUCAAAGUGAUGCCCAUGUUCAUCAAUAGCACCUGGGAAGUGAGGAAGCCACUGCGCAAGCUGCUCCCCGAAGUGGACAGUGAAGCUAUUGAUUUCCUGGAGAAAAUACUGACGUUUAACCCUAUGGAUCGAUUGACGGCAGAGAUGGGUCUGCAGCACCCUUACAUGAGUCAGUAUUCCUGCCCCGAGGAUGAGCCGGUGUCGCAGCACCCAUUCCGGAUUGAAGAUGAGAUUGAUGAUAUCUUACUGAUGGAAGCCAACCAGAGCCAGAUGUCCAACUGGGACAGGUAUCACGUAAGCCUCUCCUCUGACUUGGAAUGGAGACAUGAUAAAUACCAUGAUAUGGAUGAGGUUCAGCGCGACCCCCGGGCAGGGUCUGAAUCCGUCGCUGAAGAAGUACAAGUCGACCCACGGAAAUACUCACAAAGCAGCUCAGAGAGGCUCUUGGAGCUAUCCCACUCAUCUAUGGACCGAGUAUUUGAUGCCGAUUGUGGGAGAUCGUGUGAUUACAAAGUGGGAUCACCUUCCUACUUGGACAAGUUAUUGUGGAGAGACAAUAAGCCCCAUCAUUACUCAGAGCCCAAGCUGAUUUUGGAUUUAUCCCACUGGAAAAGAGCAACCAUAACACCUGCAGCUGAGCUAUCACUGGAAGAGGAACCAUCUAACCUCUUUCUGGAGAUUGCUCAGUGGGUGAAGAGCACGCAGGUGGGUCUCGAGUGUCCCACUUCUCUUCCGGAGAUUCAGGAACGGAGUCUGCCGGCUUCUCCUCACCAUCUCCACCAAGAACCCACAGAGGUGAACAAAGAAACAGACCCUGAGUUUAACUUGGACGUCUUCAUCUCCAGAGCACUGAAACUUUGCACAAUACCCGAGGAUAUGCCAGACAACAAGCUCAGUGACAUCAAUGGGGCCUGCAUAUCUGAGCACCCCGGUGAGAUUGUACAAACAGAGGUGUACCAGAAAGAACGAUGGUGAGGAACCCCGCACCGGGAAACCCCGCUGUGUCUCCCCGUUCCUCUCCAAUGGUGUGGCCAGUUCCCUGGAGCUGAGUGGCUUCUGUCUGUUAUUGAACAUCUGUUCUUUACACGACACUGAAUGCCUUUUCCUGAAAAGGCAAGCACAAACCACAUGCCCCUUUUGAUGCCUUAGAAAUACCUUUAAGGGAAUCAAGAGGUGUGAAUGAAAUAUUGAGUUUCUUACACUGCCUUAACACUCUUGCCUUGCAAUCUCUGGGACUUGUUUGAAACUUAAAUGUACUUGGGAAAAAUGACAGUACAUGAUAAGUUUACAAAUAGAAGGUCAAAUCAGCUUCUUUUCCUUUCUUUUUCUAUGGCAUCUUAAAAUGAUGAGGACAAAGUCAGUAUUUCUGUUAUGCAGAUUCCCUUCUGGUCUGAUGGGUUCUCAAACUGCCAAACUCUGAGCUCCCUUGAGGCACCCGUGUGCGUACAGGUGGUAUGGACAGAAGCGACCACGGGCUUCAAGUGUCCAUGGUCAGCCAGCAGGGAGUGGAAGUAGAGGUAGAGUUUGGCCAUCAAACAGAAAAUAACUCUUGGAGAAUAUUAAUGGGGAAGGAAUUUCACCUACAAAAUGUGGGCCGCUUUAUUUUUUUUGGUUGGACAACAAUAUUUUCACUAAGCGUGUUCUGCUUGUUUGGUUUCUCGCAUAAGUUCUCCCUUCCAUUGCACGGGGUAGGUCUGAGGUCUCCGAGUGCUUAGGAAGCCCCGUGUCAUGAUGCACUUCUGUACAACAGUCCGGUGCUGUGAGUCCUGUCUCAGGCAGAUCAGCUGAGUCUGGUGGUAAGGAGCUGAGAGCCAGAAAUUGGGCGUCUCCUGGUGCCUGGCACCACCAGCUACACGGACUCAGCAAGGGCAACCAGCUCUGCUGAUGAAAAAAUGAAUGAAACUACUACUGUUUUACCUUCCAACAAUGACACUGCGAAGAAAACAACAGUUCCUGUGGCAUCAGAUUCGUAACUGGCCACUGUGCUUCCGGCUUCUUUGGGAGACGCUGGUGUCAGCAGGCAACCGAGCAUGGUUUGUAAAUAGACACAAACACAACUGAUCUACUGUAACUUCUGUUUUCAUCCACACUUCUGAGCACCUUAAUAAUUAAUCAGCUAACAAAAGUUUGUAUAUGGGAGAUAUGUUCUAUACUUAUAUUUAAUCAAACCCGGCAUUUUUUUACAUGGAGAACCUGUAAAUAAUGUCAUAAAAGCCAGUCUCUGCUUUCUUUGCCAUCGUGUCACUGUGCGCUCCAGCAUGGUGAUGCUGCUUUCAUUUGUGAAAGAGAAACUGCUGUAUUUAGUUAACUUCCAGGGCUGUAUUUAACUAUUGCUCCUAUGCGAAUUAUUUCUACCCUUUUAACAAGCAAUCUGACAUCUAAAUGUCUUGAGAUAUGAAGAGAACUCUUGUGAGAUUCACAUGGUAACAGCAGCGUUCACUGUAUUAACCCCGGUUUCUGUUCUUGGUGGGACCAGGUACGGGUUUGGCUGUGGGAGAGCUCAUGCGAGGUGUUGACAAGCCCAAAAACUUGUUGCUAUCCUGAAGAUCUCUCCUUAGGCUGAUUGAAAUGCCGUUACUCCAGCUGUUUAGCGGCAUGGGGUGAAGGCUGACGGUUGCAUGUGUGGGAUCUGGUGGAAGUCCUGGCGCAGAGGUGGAGAAGGCAUCUGGAAGACAAAGCUUUUGGAG